AAAUCACAUAUUUAAUUUGGAGGUAAAAAAUACCCCAUACGCAAUUGAAGCACAUAGUACACCUACAGUCUGAAUAGAUGACAAAAAAAGCUUUAAGCUUUCGCUAAAUAUUGUUUCAGUUCCCCAUAAACACCUUUAACCACCAUAUAAUAAUACUGUCCGACGGCUUUAAGCUCUCUCUGUAUGCACCGUCACUUGUAUAGUUGUAUCUCUCUCUCUCUAGAUAUCACCAUUCCAUUCCCCUAAAGUAUACUCUUUCACCUAUACUUAUUCUCUCUCUCGAGCUCAGAGCUUGUCUCUCCCUCUCUCCCCUAAAGUACCGUCGUUUUGCAUAAUCUGGAAGCAGUCAUGGCUGUCUUUGCUGUGGUUUCUUUGCUCGUUUUGGCCAUGGCUGGCUAUUCAGAUGCGGUUUACUGUGUUUGCAAUUCUGGGCUAAGCGACACCGUUCUUCAGAGGAACAUAGACUAUGCAUGUGGAAAUGGGGCUGACUGUACUCAAAUUCAGCAAUCUGGGCCUUGUUUUAGUCCUAACACUGUUAGGGAUCACUGUAAUUAUGCGGUAAAUAGUUAUUUCCAGAGGAUGCGUCAAGCUUCUGGGAGCUGUGAUUUUAGUGGUACUGCCACUGUUAGUCAAAACCCACCUAAACAAGCAAUUGAGUUUAUUGGUAUUUUCACUUGUCAGUAA